GUGCAAUAUAAUUAUCUCUCCAUCCACACGUGCAUAAAUCCAUAAAUCCAUCCUUAGCACGCAGCGAGGCAGCUCUCUCUCUCUCUCUCUCUCUCUCUACACGCACGUACGCACAUUCAUGCUUACUCACUUCACACUACUAACGGUCUCUUGCUCCUUCGUACUCAUCAUUCUCUCCCUCCACCCACUUCCACCCUCCAUCCCAUCCCAUCCCAUCCCAUCUUCAUCUCCUGAAUCAAUCAACAAAUCAACCAAUCCCUUUUAUAUCAACGCUCUCCAGAUUCCAUCCCGUCCGACCGACACUUAUUCCUGAGAUCUUCUUCAUCGUCAACGUCGUCCGCAUCAAUCCCCCAAAAGCCAAAAGCCAAAAAAAAAUAUAAAAAUAAAAUAUUCCAACGGUCGUUUUCGAUGAUUUACAUUCUCUUGUGUUGAUUUCCUAUCUCUCUCGUACUUUUUUUUUUCUUCAUUCCUUCUUGUUUCUCAACAUCACCCAGACAUUCGUUUCCUUUCCUGCUUGCGGCCUUUUCCUACAUACAACAACCUUCAUUCCAGCAUCGCCCGUCUUAUUUUCCCUCGCAACCCUCUCCCCUCUCCCCUCGACACACCCAACACCGGACGAAACAGGAGAAUUAUUGGCCUGUCCGCUUUCUCUCCUUCCCUUCCUCGACGCCCGAUCGAAAACAAACAUCAACAGAGAGGAAAAUUCAAUCCAGUCAUCAUCAGAUUUUCCAACCUCUUUCUUUUUGAAUCAUUCCAUCACACACGUUAAAACGCUGCACCGUACCACAACACCAUCUUUUCGCAAUUUAACAUCGGUCGUCGAUUCACGCUCGUUCAUUUCGACACAGCAGACUCUUCUCCGGUGGAUUUGUUGUCUCACUCUCGCUGGCCAUCAUCCAGAGACCGACGAACGAUCCAACAUACGGGCUGUCGAAACCCAACCUGAUACAUCCAUCACACGACACGAACCGUAUCUCACCAUCGACCCUACCUCAUCGAUACCGACAUCGCCAUCGCGACAGAUCGACCGACUGAUUGAUUUCCAUCAACAUCUCACGGAAUACAUACUAUUCAUUCGUUCAUCAUGAAGUCGAUAUCUACUCUCGCUUUUAUCGCUGCUGCCGCCUUGGUUGGCAAUGCAAUCGCUGCACCAUCUCCUGACCUCAUCCCUCGACAAUAUAAAACCCUAACAUAUAAAGGAUGUUUCUCAUCGGGCGAUGGAUUGACCAAAAAUUCAUCAUAUACAUACAACUCUAAAGGAUAUUGUCAAACCCAAUGUGUACCGGCCGAUUACGCCGUUCAAGCAACAUACAACAGCAACGAAUGUUGGUGUGGUGAUGAUCUCCCUCCAGCAGAUGAUCUCGUCGAUGAUUCGAAAUGUGAUAGUCCUUGUGCUGGUAUUGACACGGAAAUGUGUGGUGGUACGAAACUGUAUUGGUCUGUUUAUCUCACGGGCACUGAAAGUUCCGCACCAAAUUACGAUCCAUCUUCCGCUUCCGCUUCCGCUUCAUCAUCAUCAUCAGUUGCUGCUACUCAAACCACAUCCAUCGUACCAUCUGUCGUCACAGUAGGAGGUCAAACCGUUACCGUUCAAGCAUCCAACGCAGCAGCAGCAUCAAGUUCAGCUUCCGCAUUGGCUGAAAAGAAAUCAUCCGGCCCAAACAAAGCUGGCAUCGUCGCAGGCGUCGUUGUCGGUGUAGUGGUUGCUGCUGCUAUCGCUGGUGGUAUCUUUAUAUUUAUGCGAAACAAAAAGAGACGCGAAGUCGAAGAGGAAUAUAGAAGAAAUGCUGCAGUCAAUAACUUUGUCACUGGUGGUAAAUCACCUAUCAGUAGCAGUAGUGGAGGAGCUUCUUUCACCGAUACCCGACUUGAUCCUACUCUCGCAAACAGAAGAAUGAGUGAUGGUAGCAUCGCUGACAAUCAAGAUUACUCAAGGAGAAUCCUCAAGGUUACCAACGCAUGAGUAUAGCUACAUUACACACAUUGCAAUCAAUGUGACGAACGACGAGUUUUCAAUGUUAUUUAGCUCAAUUUCAAUCCUUUUCGGCGUUUUCGGUCCUUGACUCCCUUUCUUUUAUUAUUCUGUGACUACACCACACAUGGUCGUUCUGCUUUGGGUAUCAGUCCCUGUUUUAUAAGGGUUCAUGGUGUUUUAUGUGUAUAGGCGUGGGGUAGAAUGAGCAUAUGAAGAACAUACUCUUUCGCCAAAUUAGGAGGAUUGAAUUUUCCAAAUAGGCAUCAAUUCUACGAUACACUUUCAAACAUUUAAUCAAUGUUAUUGAAAAAAAAAAAUCAAAAAUCCACACCGUCCUGUCCUUUCAACAAAUUUUUUUUUUUUUCGCCUCUUCGACUUUUUAAAAAAAAAACAACUGCGGUUUUGAUCUUUUAUCUCCUUUUCAAUGUUCUUUUUCCUUUCCUGGUUUAUGCGAGAUUCAUACAAUAUACCCCACCUUACGUACUUCGCACUACACAAUACACAAACGCAUAGCACUAAAACUGAACUCCUUGUAUUUUUGGGGGCGGGUCUAUGUGAGGUAGACAGAUUGAGAAGAUAGGAUGGAGAGGGAAGGAAGGAUUGGUGUUGGUGUUAGAUGGAUGGUUAAUUUAUGGAUUUGUGGUGAAAUAUUUGAGAAGUAGAUGGGAGGGAGAUUGGAGGGAGAUUGAAGGGAAGGAAGUGGUGGGAAAGGAAAGGAUAUGGGAAAGAGGUAUAGAUGGUUUUACUGCAAAGUUGGGGACUGGGAUUGGUUAGUGGUUGAGUGGAUAAUAAAAGGGUGGAUCAAUGGAUGGGAGAGUCUUGAAGGAAUUGACAGGUGUAAUAAUGAUAGUGAUGGUGAUGGUAGUAAAGAGGAGAGAGAGAAUUGGAGAAAGAAGAGAGCAGCAAGAGUGAGUAGAGUAGUGAGUGAAUGAUGGAAGCAAGUAGGAAAUAGGAAGUACCUAGGUAGUGGAGUAGUAUA